UACUUUGACCGAUCGAUCAUUCUCAUCCUUUUCCCUUAAUUCUUUGAUCUUUGUUUAUUUAUUGUGGCAAAGUUUAAAAAAAAUAAAUAAAUUAAUUCCCUUUUUGAGUUUUUAAAUUUGCAAAUAUCCCAUCCAUUCAAUUUUACGUUGUUACAUUGGAUUUGACAUAAUUAUUUUACUAUGCAAUCCUAUUAAUUGUUGUUUAUGUUAGACCUUGAAAAAUGCUUACGGGAAUGAAUAAUUAAAGAUUAAAACCCGAAAAAGAAUUAUCGAACGGUGGGAGUAUAAAACUAAGUUUUCCAUUUUGCCCCUCUCUUAUACAUUUUUCUGUAACAUAAAAAAAAGAGCCGCCGCAAGGUUUAAAAAUUUUGGGUUUUAGCUUAAACCCUGUGCUUCAAUUCCUCUAAAUAUAUAAAGAAAUCAAUUUUCUUGAAAAGGGUUUAAUCUUUGUUGUGUUUUAGCAUAAACCUUUUGCUUGAAUUUGUCCAAUUUUGAAGGAUGGGAAAGAAAUCAGGGAAGUUCAAGAAGAAGGAAAACAGCUAUUCAAAGAAAUCAAAAAUUGAUUUUUAUAAUGAAGAUGAUGAUAUGAUGAAUGAUGCUAUUGAUGCCUUUCAUGAAAAGAGAGAUAUCAUUCCGCUUGAUGUUAAUGAAGAUUCUGCAAAGUCCGAUGAGGAUAAUGAGCAUCCCGUGUAUGAUCUUAAGGAGGAUGAAGAUGAAGAGGAUGAAGAUGAUGACUUUGAUGAUGCUAAACUUACCGGCCUUGGUGCUAAAAUUGCAAGGACACAGAAAUAUUUAAAGGCUACUAUGGGAGGGGUUGAGGAUCAAAUGCAUGAUGAAGCUGAACAGGAGAAAGAAGAGGGGCAUCUGUGGGGAAGAGGAAAGAAUAUCUAUUAUCAAAAUAAGGAGAAUGUUGAAGAGUCAAGUGAUGAGGACCUUAUUGCCGAGGAGGAGGCAGAGGUGUUGAGAAUGCAGCAGAAAAAAGCUAAAUCCUUAUCUGCAGAGGAUUUUGGUAUUGAAGAUGAUGAUGACCUCACAUUUGAGGAAAUUUUGGCCCAAGGGAAACCUGGAUCAACAGUUUCUAUAGAUGGAGAAGCCAAAAAUGAAACUGGCAUUGCGUAUGAGGAAGUGCAGAAGGAUUUGAAUGCUUUGACAAAAGAAGAGCAAAUGGAUGUUGUCUAUAGUUCUGCACCUGAAUUGGUUGGUUUGCUGUCUGAGCUUGGUGAAGCGCUUGAGCAGCUCGAUAACAAAGUUAAUCCCCUACUCAAAAAGAUUAAUGGGAAGAAUAUGAUAAAAGACGGGAUGCACUACAUUGAGGUGAAGAAGCUGCUUCUGCUGUCAUAUUGCCAAGCUAUCACUUUCUACCUUCUUCUCAAAUCUGAGGGUCAACCAGUGCGUGAUCAUCCAGUCAUUUCACGCCUUGUGGAGAUCAAGAAUCUGUUGAAUAAGAUGAACGAACUUGAUGGACAUCUUCCUUCUAAUCUAGAAGACUUGUUGCACAAGAAUGUUGAUAAUAUAACUAGUGUAAAGUUGGCGGGAAGGAACUUGGAUUCUGAACCUCUUCCCAUUAGUGACAAACUUUCCGUGGCAUCAACUGAUAUUCAAGAAGCAGAGCCUCAUGAAGCUGAGUUGGUCGAGGCAAAUGGUUUAAAGAGUCAACGGAAAAGCAAAUCAAAACGCAAACGUCAGGAUGAUCAAGUUGGUAUCCAAAGUAUGGAAAUGUUAAAAGUGAGAGCUUCCCUUGAGGAAAAAUUGAAGCAGACAGGUGUCUUAAGUUCCAUUGCACGAAAACAUGAAAAACAAAACAAACGCUCGCGACUACUGAAUGGGAUGCUGGCAACUCCUGAUGAUUUUGGUGAUGAUGCCAUGGGUGCUGGAGAUGAUCGUGAGAUACGAAGUUUAAACAAACUUUCUAGGCUUCUAACUCCUCAAGUAGCGAGAUCCAAGGUAAUUUCUGGUGAUGAUGAUUUACCAAAACGAGAUGACAUUGGAGAAAGGAGAAGAAAGCAUGAACUGAGAGUUCUAGCCGGAGCUGGAGUUGAACCUUCUGAUGUUGUCAAAGAUGAGACUGGUGACCAUGUGAACGAUGAUGUUGCUACUUCUGAUGAUAGUGAAAUCGACCCAGAUUUGGAAUUCUAUAGAGAAGUCGAAAAAAAACAUUCAGCUAAGCUUGCUGCUAAAGAAAAGAUGUAUUCCAGUUCCCCAGCUGCGCCAGAAACGCUUGUAGAUGGGAAGCGCCAGAUAAAUUACCAGAUGGCGAAAAACAGAGGCCUUACUCGUAUUCGUAAGAAGCAAGAUAAAAAUCCAAGGAAGAAAUACAGGGGGAAACAUGAGAAGGCUCAGCAACGCAGGGCGGGCCAAGUUCAGAAAAUGAAGAAACCAAGUGGUCCUUAUGGUGGAGAAACUACAGGAAUCAAUGCUGGUAUUAGUCGAAGUAUCCGAUUUUAAGGGAUAGGUUCUUACCUCCCCUCAAGCGCUUACCGGUAAGACCUCAUCACGUGAUGUGUGGGUUAGGCACACGUGCUGAGUUUGUAUACUUCCAUAGGCAAAACCUUAGUAUUUAAGUGAAGAAAGGUAGAGCGGUGUAUCCAUUAUUCACCAAGUUCCAAACCUUGUCUCACACUGGCCCUCGAGUUUCGAACGUUGUGUCACAAGAGAUGGUUUUUCCGGAAGUCCUCUUUUUGUGGUUAAAAUUAGUUUUUUUCUUCCUUCCAAUUCUGUCCCCCCUUAAGAUGGGAGUGGAAAGGCAGGCAUGUAUAAGAUGAACGUGAACUGAUUCUUUUUUUUCUUUUUUCUUUUUAUAUAUAAGCAGUUUUACACAUGAAAAGGGUCAUGGUAAGUGCCUCGUGGAAUUAGUCGAGGUGUCUAAAUUGGUCCGAAUAUCAGGGUUACUGAAAAAAAUGAGCUAGAGACUUUCGGAUAUUUUGCAUUUGUUCCUGCGAGCGCACCUUUUUUUGAGAUUUAGGAGCUGUUUGGACAUGGUAAAGUUUGCUUCUUUAUCAACAAAACUUUUGAAAUAUUGUUUGGUCAUCAUAUACUGGAAUGCGUUUUUGGUUAAUUUUUGAAGAUGUGAGUUAUGCAAA